GGUUCUAGUUCUUGUCCGGGGACCCGUCAGGCGCCAGCCCAGCCGUCAGGGAACGGUUCUAACCACCGGCCUGUGGCGAAUUCACGUCGCAGGUCUUUCACUCACUCCCUAUGAGCGAGACUGUCGACAGCUUUCGGUGUCGUUCGUCGGCGGACUGGUCGGCGCCCUCUGGUAUCUCUCUCCGGAUCCGGCUCGAAGGACCAAUUUAUGUUAGGAGAAAGCGCCGUAGCUUUCACUCCUACAAUCUAGUUAUGUUGGAGAAAGCGCCGUAGCUUUCACUCCUACAAUCUCCUGUGUGAGGAAGCGCCGCAGCUUACUACUCACACACUUCCACUUCUAGGACCCAGGAAUAAUCGAGACAGCACACGUCUUUCUGUUUUACUUGCGCAAGGGUGCCCACUUCAGGUGCAACAGACAGUAUCUGCGCCUCUGUUGAGUGUCACACCGGACAGUCCCUUGGCUUCUUUAUUUAUAGGGUAGGGGAGGGGUUACAUGGGUCUUGUCUUUAACUAGUCAAUGCUGUGUGAGGCCUCCGUGAAACAGGGUUAAUACAAAGCAUUACAUAUCUCAAGGUGGGCCCCCUGCUAUGUUGACAGAAUCUGUUUCCUUUCUCAAGGUCUCUUAUUCCUGCGUCACAAUCUGGUAGGCCCCUGUGAGGACAUCUUGUCUGCAACCCUUUCUGGGCCAUGGGUUAGUUGUUAAGGGUUGCACGUACACAUAUAGGAGGAUAAUAAUAUGAUAAAAUACACAGAUACACUCUAACACUCUGAAGGUCUCCAAACCCUCUGAAACCCUGACAUGGAGGCAUUUAAAAGAUUGAUGGUUCAUGUCACCAUCCAGAAUAUGCUCCAGAUCUCAGAUCUAUGUGUUCCUGAAAGCCGUCUUGGAUACACCUGCGAACCCAUUAGUUCUUAAAGGCUUGAUGUGUCUAAGAGUAAGCGUGUUAAGAGAUGGGACAGUCUCUCUCAUGUCUCAAGUCGAACGGUUGGUGAGAAGGUCCGUGCUUUUCAGAGCACCUCAGCGAUUCUCAUGGAGAACAUGGACCUCUACAUGCUCAACCCCUGCAGCAACAAGAUCUGGUUUGUCAUAGAGCUGUGCGAACCCAUCCAGGUGAAGCAGCUGGACAUCGCCAACUUUGAGCUGUUCUCUUCCACGCCCAAGGACUUCCUGGUGUCCAUCAGCGACCGGUAUCCGACCAACAAGUGGAUGAAGCUGGGCACCUUCCACGCCCAGGACAAACGCACGGUGCAGAGCUUCCCGCUGGACGAGCAGCUCUACGCCAAAUACGUCAAGGUAGGGCCAGCCCCGAUGCAUCAUGGGAGAUGCCAAGGACAGUCUGCCAGAGCUGGUCAGAGCGUUGAUCGAGUCCUAAGAGAUUUUCCAGCACAGCCCCUCUUAAGCCAUCAGUAAGGAGCUUGUCACCUUUAUUUACAGGGUGAAUCUCAGUGCAGUUAAGGUCUGCAAAAUCUCAGCAAUCCUACAGCCUAGGGUUUGCGGACACCAGCCCAACAUACCGACUUUCAUUAGAGACACCAGCAGAUGGUAGUCAUGUGAACCCCCCAGGCUCUAGAAGAGGCCCCCUUUGGAGCAUGCC